CCUCCUCCCUCUGCUCCAGACCGAGACUAAGGCCUGGUGAAGGGACUGUCGGGAUAGUAGGAAGUGAGGACCGGGGAAGGGGAGUGGUUCGGGGCUGAUGCGCACCGCGCCAGAUUUCCGCACCAGCUCUGCUCCCCUCGGUGUGGCCUUCAAACGCACAGCCGCGACCAUGCCCCUCCACGUGAGCCUCGCCAACCGCAACCGGGACCUGGACUACGACUCGGUGCAGCCAUACUUCAUGUGCGACGAUGAGGAGGAGGACGUGCGCCAGCAGCCGCCGCAGCCGCCGGCGCCCAGUGAGGACAUCUGGAAGAAAUUCGAGCUGCUGCCCACGCCGCGCCCGUCCCCGGGCCACGCCGCCGGGCUCUACUCGACUCCCAGCGAAGCGGUCGCCGCGUCUUUCUCCCCCAGGGAACACGAUGGUGAUAGCUUCUUCACCGCAGACCUGCUGGAGAUGGUGCCGGAGCUGCCUGGAGGAGACGCGGUGAAGCACAGCUUCGUCUGCGACCCGGACGACGAGACCUUCGUCAAGAACAUCAUCCUGCAGGACUGUAUGUGGAAUGGCUUCUCGGCCUCCGCCAAGCUGGUCUCCAAGCUGGACCCCUACCAGGCUGUGCGCAAAGAAGGCGCCAGCGCGAGCCCGGCCGCGGACACUGAGCCUGCUACGCCUCCAGACUGCACCUGCAAUACCUGAGCGCACGGCACCGGGCCUUUGGACUGUAAGCUUCAGCCAUGUUAUCGGCCUCAAAUUCUGGGCAUAAAAGAACCCCCUCCCCCUUUUCCUUUUUAAAGCUUGCCAUCCUUCCUCACUCCCCUUAACAGAUUUGUAUUUGUUUAGUAAAAAUAUCUUAAAGUUUAUCAAUUUUCCAAUGUCAACUGGACCCUUACAAUGUAAAUAACUUCAAUAAAAUGUUUUAUCAGUUGUAAGAGAUGUUAAGAUAUGCAGUAUAAAAGUAUAUUUUCCUUU